AUGGACGUCGUGGGCACGAUAGCCUCAGUAGUGGACCUGUCCACGAAGCUCUAUGCGUACAUCCAGAAUGUCGAGGACGCCCCAAAGAACAUUAGCAGGCUAUGCACCGAGAUCAGCACGUUGAAAGGCAUUUUAGAAGAUAUCGAGUCUCGCAGACCUUCAACAAACGACGCUCCAACGUCUGCGCUUGACAGCUCUCUGGACAAUGCUUCAAGUAUCGUGACGCAAUUGUUACAGCAAUUGUCCAAGGGUGAGUCUAGUUUCAAGCGGAAACUCCGGUACCUCAAGUGGCCGUUCACGGAGAAAGAUGUCGCUCAAGACACGGAAAGACUGAGCCGAGCAAAUCAGAGUCUCAUGCUGGCGCUCAUCGGUGAGCUGCAAUCGGUGCCCCAAGAUCUGAUCGAGAUCCAGGCCACGAGUCAAGCAACGCUGCAAAAAGUAGAAAAUAUCGAAGACAUGAUACUCGGCGAAACCGUGAAGCGCGAGACGAAAGAACAAUUUGAAGCUCGACGAAGCAUCAUCAAAUUUUUGGCGCCCGCGUCCCCUGAUGAGAGGCACAGAGAAGUCUGUCAUGCAUGGAGAGUCUCAGAUCCAGGAGCGUGGUUCCUGGAUGGAGCUUUCAAGACCUGGAUGGAAGAUUCCGAUCCAACGAGUCGAGUGAUGCUGCUUUGCGGAAGCUCUGGAUCGGGCAAGAGUACUCUCUUGUCGAGGGUUGUCGAGCAUCAGAAGCACAAGGUCGGCGCAGACAUGACGGCGUACUUUUAUUGUGUCUACAACAAGGUCGAAACUCAGGAGGUCCGCAAUGUGCUCGGAUCCUGGGCUGUCCAAUUAUCUCCGCCGCUUCCAAAAGCUCUUGACGGCUUUCAGGAAGAGGCUUCGAAGGCCGCACCUGUGCUCAUUGCGCACCUUCAGGAUUUGAUCACGGACCUGGCCUACGCCUCCCCCUCGGUACUCCUAGUGCUUGAUGCGCUGAACGAAAGCAAUGAGGCAGGCGAGCUGGCUGCCAAUAUCGCAAGCAUUGUGAACCGGUCUCGAAACGUCAGGCUACUGAUCUCGUCAACUUCGGAAGGCCUACUAACUGCAAGAGGUUGCACAUGUAAGCGUAUUGACAUGAUUCCAGCCCAAAUCGCUCAGGAUGUCGAAGUGUACGUGAGGCAGAAAGUUCGCGAACAUCCAGCCUUGGAGCCAGAAGACGAGGACAAGAUCGUCGAAAUCAUCGUGCCUAAGUCAAACGGCAUGUUCAUGUGGGCCAAGUAUCAAAUGGAAUACCUCUCCAGCAUCCCCAUUGCAGACCAGGUGAUUGAGGCACUCGAUGACCUCCCAAGCAACCUUGAUGAUGAAUACACCUUUCGGCUGCAACGAUUGCUUCAGCUGCCGAAGUUCUGGCAGAGACUAGUCCGAGAGGCUUUGGUGUGGCUAAGCUACUCGCUGAGACCUCUACGCAUCGACGAACUUGCAGAGGCAGUGGCAUACAGCUUCGGCUUGAAGCAAUUUGGCAAACGCUCAAGACUUCCAAGACCAAUGGAUCUUCUGGAUAUGUGCCAAGGCUUGGUGAGACUGGACGCCGUGACUGGAAUCGUGUCUUUGGCACACAGCUCGGUCGUGACUUUCCUAGAGAGCGAUACUAUCAGAUCGACAUCCGCGACAUACUUCGCCAUGGACGAAGACAGAGAUGAAAGAGCAUUGCUACAGAAGUGUCUGUCUUACCUCCAAAUGGAUGCUUUCCAGAUUGGAUCAGGCUGCAGUCGUCACGACAUACGAAGCUUCUUUCGCGAGUACCCCUUACUCCACUACGCGGGAAAUAUGUGGGCAAUUCACGCGCGUCAGUUUGCAAUAGCCUACCGUCUCACUCAGUCAGAGUUACAGCUCAUCCUGGACCUGUUUGCAUCACAGAAGAUGGAAAGCGGAGGCCAUUUCGCCUUUUGGAUACGGACAAUCUUGCCACACACACCAAUUGAGAUCAUCAAGAGAGCCCAGCCACUCUACUAUGCUUCCUCAUACGGGCUGGCUCAAGUUGUCGACGAAAUGUUUAGUCGAGGUCUUGUUGAUAAGACGAAUCCUGAGGCCAAGUGGUACCUGGACGCCAAAUCCGGAAGAUACUCAUCGACUGCCCUGCAAGUCGCUGCCUACAGAGGACAAGUUGAGACUGUGGAGAUACUUUUAGACCAUGGGGCGAAUCCCCAUUUCACCGACGAGAAUGGCAAUACGAGCAUAGAAUGGGCAUCCAUGCGGGGACAUGAGGAGAUCCAUCGUCUUCUGUUGCAAGCUACACGCAAUCAGGAAGGACCCUAG